AUGAGACGAGUACUCUUCACUAUAAUCCCUGUAUUGGUUCUGGCGGUUGCCCUCUCUCUUGUGGUGGACCGACCUGAGAAUUGGGUGUUUGAACCAAAAGAACUGCAGGCGAUUGCCCAACGCGGUAUUGCCAAUGCCCAAUCUCGCCACGGUGUGAAUGCCAGCGCUGAGCAUGUGAUUGAAAGUGUCAUUGCGGAGGUCGCCCGAGUCUACCCGAAGCAUGUGCGGUCCACUGGGGAGUGGCUGUGGAAUAACGCCGGCGGGGCGAUGGGCUCCAUGACGGUUCUGCACUCCUCCUUCUCGGAGUAUCUCAUCAUCUUCGGCACCAACGUCGGCACAGAGGGACACACCGGUCGAUAUUACUGGGCAGAGGACUUCUUCACCAUUAUAUACGGAGAACAGUGGGCCGCAACCCCAAACGCACACAAACGGGAAGUGUAUAAAGCAGGGGAUCAGCAUUAUUUACCAAGAGGAGUGGCAAAGCAAUAUCGUAUGCCGGAUGCGUGUUGGGCACUUGAAUAUGCAAGAGGAAAUAUCCCUUCCAUGCUCUUCUUUGGAUUCGCAGAUCUCUUCAGCUCAACACUUGAUGUGGUUACAUUUUAUCAAACCGUUGCUGGUACAGCAGGUCAUAUGAUUCCAAACGCAUUGAUGGGUAAAAUUUAG